UUUUUGAUGUUGGCAUUUCACAACCGCACAAAUAUUUUAGCUCUAUUCUGCCAAUUAAGUUGCACCCUCUGGAUGAAAUUGUUUUGAACUUUUUGUCAUUUGAUUUUACGCGCCUUUUUCGUAUGUGGUUGUUUUCAGUGUUGUAGUUUUGGAUUAAAAUUAAGACUAUUUCUAGUAAUUGUGUAUUCAUGAAGUAUGAACUAUAAACGAAGUGUUAAAUUUAUUAUCCACAUUCCACAGAGAUACGUUUGGUUGGCUGCAAAUGUUGACGUUGAAUAGGUUUACAGUUUUGUACAAUGGAUCAAGAGGAACAAGACAAGCAAAACAAACGAGUCAUUGAUUUGUCAUCUAUUAGUCCGGUCGUAAAACGUCGUUCAUCUUUGUUUUCUAGGAGGAUUUCGAGAGGAAUAGCAGUUAGAAAAGCUGAAAAUGGCAAUUCUUCAAGAGAAAAUGCAGAAGAUAAAAUAACACUCAAAGAGUAUUUUGAUAAACUAAAUAACGAGGAGAAUGACUGGAAGGCUCUGAAACUAGCUAGGCAAAACAGGAAGCAAGCAAGCAGAGAUGCAAUAGCUCGUGGUCCUCCAAGCCUUAAAUGGGAGGACAGCCAAGACUUGCUGACGGAUGAUGAUAAGCAGUUCAUUGCUAAGAUACCAGACUGCAGAGCCACCUUGCAGAAGCUGGAAGAAGCUGAGCAACAUCUAGGCUUGUACGAACACUACGGAUUAAGACUUGCGCAAACAGCAACGUGCCUUAUUGACAGGUUAGAAGGUUAUACAGUUGCAGAGGGAACGGGCAGCAACAUUUUUGGGGGACCUGAGCUGCAACAUUGUGAAAGAAAUUGUGCAGGUGACAAUGUGGUGGAAAAGAACGAUGCUGCAGACAACGUUGUGAAAGAAACCAUUGAGUAACGACUAAGCAUACAUUUUAAGAAUAUUAGUUUUGUGUAGAACUGAAACUUCUAACUUCAGAGAGAGCAAACAAAGACUUGUAAGAUUGUAAAUUGUCUUAAGUGUUUUUAUACCAGCUUGUUUUAAAAAUAAUUUUCUAAUCAUGUGCAGAUCAAAUAUUCCAGUUGUUGAUAUUUUUUUGACUUUUGUAUAUUAAUUUGUAGCUUUAAAUGCUUCAUUAGUUUUCUUAGAAUACAUAUUUAGCAAUGCUUUUCUUUUCCUAUUGUAAA